AUGAGUCAAGAAAAAAGCCAAGAGGAGGUAGAAAUCCGAGAACUUUGGAUUAAGAAAAUUUGCGACAAUCAUAAACAUACAAAAUUUGAAACCAAAGAAAUUUACGAUUUUAUCAUCGUGGGAGCUGGUACUGCAGGAUGUGUUCUUGCUAGAGAAUUGAUUUAUUGUAUUCCUAAGAUUAGCAUCUUAGUAUUGGAAGCUGGAGGACCUGACGCUCAUUCUAAUGGUUUAAUCAGCUUGCCAUGUACUUGGCCUACAGCGGCUUUCCUUGUAGACGACCAUAACUGGGGAUAUGUUACCGAGGAACAAAAAAUGCAAAGUCAUAUAAACCCUACUAAAGAAAUGAUAAAAAAAGCAAAAGAAUAUAAUAAUUGGGCAGCACAAGGUCCUGAAUAUAAAAUUUGGGAUUGGGAUCAUUGUCUAGAAGUGUUCAAAGCAAUGGAAAAUAAUUCACGAAAAAAAUCGGAUAAAAAUUUUAAAAAAUUUCAUGGAUUUAAUGGUUUACUUCACGUGGAAGACUGCCAUGACGGGAUCCAAGAUAUUAUGUCAGGUGUAAUUGAUGCUGCGAAAAACCUUGAUAUUCCUUAUAAUGAAGAUUUUAACGGUGAGAGACAGAAUGGUGUUGGAACAUAUCAGUUUACAAGCAAGGAAGGGAAAAGAUGUUCUUUGGUUGAUAGCUAUCUAAGAGACGCAUUAAAAAAAGUUGAAUUGCAUCCAGGUUUAGAAUCUAAUGAUAUUGGAAAAGUUGCAGCCGUAGAUAUUAGGUCAUAUACUCACGUAUUAGAUAUUAUUUGGGACAAAGAGAAUAAAAAAGAAAAUAUUGCAAUUGGUGUAAGAUAUUUUUACAACGGUAUUAUACGUGAGGUUUUUGUUGCUCCAAAAGGUGAAGUUAUUCUUUGUGGUGGUGUUUUUAAUAGCCCUCAGAUCUUAAUGAUUUCUGGAGUUGGGCCAAAAGAAAAUCUAGAAGCAAAUAAUAUAAAAAUACGUAGAGAACUGCCAGUUGGAAGGAAUUUGAUGGAUCAUCCGAGUUGUAGUAUUUCUGCAAAAUCAACUAAAGGUUCAAUUCACCAUUUGAGUAGUGGAGGCGAAAUUGUAAUAAUACAUAAAGCUAACGUUGAAGGAAAGAUUCCUUGCAAGGAAAAUUUUUUUGACGAGAAUCCAGAUUGUCAGAUUACUGCGACGCCGUUCUGCUCUCCCAGUAAAUAUAAUAAUACUGAUAGAAUUAAUUUAUUGCCAGCUCUUAAUGUCCCAUCUAGCGUUGCCGAUGAUUUAUAUAGAAUGAUAAGUUCACUUAAAUUAUGUCGUGAAAUAAUUAAACAACCUCCAUUAAGUACUGUUUAUAAUGUUAAAGAAAUUGGAAUUAAUGAUGAAUUUGGAAAAUGGUGUACUAACGAUAUUGAUAUGAGUGACGAAGACUGGGAAAAGUAUAUUCUAAAUAAGUCAUUUUCAUCGUCUCAUGCGUGUGGAACAGUAAAAAUGGCACCGGAAUCUAAAGGUGGAGUAGUCAAUCAUCGACUUCAAGUUCACGGUACGAAAAACCUUCGAGUUGUUGAUGCAUCAAUAUUUCCAUAUAUUCCAAGUGGAAAUACGAACGCACCUACAGCUAUGGUUGCUUGGAAAGCAAGUCGAUUAAUUAUUGAGGAUUACAUGGAAUGA